AUCCCAGCCUUGGAAAUGACCCUGGCAGCUUCCUCCCAGCGCUCCCAAAUCAUCCGCUCCAAGUUCCGAUCUGUCCUCCAGCUUCGGAUCCACAGACGGAAUCAGGACCCCACCUCAGAUUCAGAUCCGUGGAUCUCAGCCUCCGGCCCAGCUCUGGCCCCAGCUUUGCCCUUGGUCCCUGCCUCUUUCCUCUUCAGCCCUGGCGUCUUGCUCCCUGAGACGGAAUAUUGUCCUUGGAGGUCCCCAAAGAAGGAGUCUUCCAAGACCUCCCAACGCUGGAGCGAAUCCAAGCCCAGGGGAAACUUAACAUACCACCAGUACAUGCCCCCGGAGCCGAGACAAGGGUCCAGGGCAGACCCCCAAGUUGAGAGGUCAGCCCUGGGUCCCCAGGGGCCACCUCUGUGGGAAGGGACAAACUCACAGCAGCUACAUCCUAGAAUGAAGCCCACUCCCCUCACUCCCUUCCAACCAGGAGUCCCCAGCCCUUCUCCCCCUCCACACAAGUUGGAACUUCAGACCCUUAAACUGGAGGAGCUGACGGUCUCAGAGCUCCGGCAGCAGCUGCGCCUGCGGGGCCUCCCGGUGUCCGGGACCAAGUCGAUGCUCCUGGAGCGCAUGCGCGGCGGUGCCCCGCCCCGCGAGCGGCAAAAGCCGCGGCGGGAGGACGGCGCGGCGGGUGCUCCCUGGCCACGCCUCAGGCCCAAGGCCCUGGGAACCUCCCGGCGGCAGGGCACGACCAAGUCGAAUCCGGCGUCUCACAAGCCACCUCCUCCACGAGCGGCCGAGAGCCUAGUGACCGCUCCGGCUCCGCCUCCGCCGCCGCCGCCUCCUCCUCCUCCUCCUCCUCCUCCGCCGCCUCCGGCCACAGCCCUAACAGCUUCCUCAGCGCCCCUGACGCUGGAGGAGGAGCUGCAGGAAGCCAUCCGGAGGGCGCAGCUGCUUCCGAAUCGGGGCAUUGAUGACAUCCUGGAGGACCAGAUGGAGCCUGAUGACCCGCUGCCCCCCAUUCCUCUGGAUUUUCCUGGCUCCUUCGACGUGCUGUCCCCCUCCCCGGACUCUGAAGGCCUCUCAUCUGUCUUCUCCUCGUCACUCCCAACCCCCACGAACUCCCCAUCCACCUCUCCCAGAGGCCCCACGGAUUCCUUGGACUGGUUAGAGGCCCUGAGUGGGGGUCCUCCACUGGGCUCUGGCCCUCCAGCCCCCAGCAUCUUCUCUGCUGACUUAUCUGACUCCAGUGGCACCCGGCUCUGGGACCUGCUGGAGGAUCCGUGGUGAUGGGUUCUGGAGUUUUACAGGGACCCAGAACUGGUGGGGGUGAAGAUGGCAAAGAGACUCCGGGAAGGGAAAUGGAACAAAUAGUAGAGCCCCUCCCACCACAGACACCCAAUCCCAAUCUGGCCCCUAACUGCUGCUGACAUGCCGAAUGCCUGGACUUUGCCUUCCUAUGGGCCUUACCCCCUCUAUGGUUGUGUGGUUGGGGAUGGAGGUUCAUUUGCUGCUGCCCAAGGCAAACAAGCUGCUUUCUGCUUCCUUUUGAGA